AUGGUGGCUGAUGAAGAUAAGCCAGAACACAUCAGCACUGAGUGUGAAGACUUGUCUGAGCUGAGGGUCGUUCUGCUGGGGAACAGCUGGUCUAAGAGGAGCUCAGUGGGGAACUUCAUACUGGGAGCGACUGUGUUCAGCCCUGAGGAUAAAGCAGACCUCUGUCUGAGAGUCAAAAGAGAGCUGAAGGGGAAAGAAAUCGAUCUCAUCAACACUCCAGAUCUGCUGUCACCUAAAAUCUCCCCAGAAGAUCUGACGAAACAAGUUGAGAACUGUGUGAGACUCUCUGCUCCUGGACCUCAUGUGUUUCUGCUGGUCCUCCAGUCUGCAGACUUCACUGAGGAUCACAGACAGAGGCUACAAAUGGUCCUUGAACUCUUUGGUGAUCCAUCAUUUGAUCGUUCACUGGUUCUGAUAAUGCCCAAAGACAAGAGUUCAAGUUCCAUUGAAAAGUAUCUGCAGCAUCCACAGUUAGGAGACAUAAUCAAGAAAUGUAGAGAAAAAUUGUUGUGGCAGAAGAACCUGGAACGAGAGCAGCUGUUAGCAGCCAUAGAUACAGUGGUGAAGAAGAGCACGAGGGAGGAAGUUUCCAGUGAGGAACCACCUGUUUCACCCGGUCAAGAUGACUUGGAUCCUAUAAGGGGUGCUCAGGUUGAACAGCUUGGAGAGAAAAUGAAAGAGGUUGAGAUGAUCUGGACAUGUGAACAGGAGGGGUAUAAAGGAUGUUGA